GUCAGUGCGCGCAGGCACCGCCGACCAAUCGCUCUCGCGGACUCCGCGUCGCGACCGUCGUUGCGAAGGCCCGACGCAGGGGUGAAAGCUCGCGUGUCGUGGUUACGCGCGAUGCCACGCACGCGAACCACCAACGCCUCGGGAACGAUGUUUCGUUUGCGGUGCGAUCGCAGGAACCCUUCGACAUUCACGAGAUACGAAUUUUGCCCCCUUUGAAUCGUCGCCCGAAAGCGUUCUGUGAUAUAUUGGAGUGCUAGUAUAGGACGCGGUUUUACGUGCGCUCAAGGUGCUCUCAGAACCCCUGAAACGGAAAAUAGUCGCUUAUAUCGAGGAGGAAAAAAGGCUUUCCAAAGUGAACGGGUGAUCCAUUCGGUGCUUGCAUGGGGUCUUCUUGGUGUGGAGGAGAGUUCAUGUAUGGGGGUGAGAGGAGAGAGAGAGGGAGAAUGUCGAGAUUAAGGAGAAUAGCAGAGGAAUAAUAGAGCGGAUAGGACAUACGCAGAUAGAAGUUAAUAAGACCGACGCUAUUUGUCGAUCGGUUGGCGAGCUGGAACGUGGAAACUGUACUCGAGGUUGCACGAUGUCGUUGACCUGCUUCCAGGCGCCACGGUGCUGCGGUGUACCAUCGGUUUAGCGGCUCGGUUCGACGCAAAUUAGAUGCUAGGUCAUCAUCUGUUAUACUGAGGAUUUGAUAAGAGAGGAACUUUUGAGAGAGAAUCGGGGACUUGAUAAGAGAGGAACUUUUGAGAGAGAAUCGAAUUUUAUUAUUAUUUUAUUAUUAUUCGCCAUGAGCCCGGAAUACACCGUAGCUUGCUACUGUGAGACGAUGCUGCUCGUUCGAGAAUAGAUCAGGACUUGUGCUUGGAUGGCUUGCAAACGAAAGCGAAAAAAGCCUGAGACGCGACAAAUCUGAGGGAAGCUCUGGGGAGCCCCACGCCACUGCGCCAUUCAACAUGGCGUAGCGGCGCGAACUUCGAACGUCAGUGCAAUAUAAACGUGUAUUCCGACGAGAAUCUCGCACUUGAGGAACAACCAUGAGGUAGCGUGUGCUAAGCGAGAGCUUAGAGCACCAGCCGGAUAAACUUCGUAUCCGAAUCGGGACGUAGGCGGAUAAGGACCAUCAGAAGAACGGCCUUGGCGUUCAUGCUGGCGAGUCCCGGCGAUGAUUGGAUACAGUCAACACAAUUCCGGCUAUAACAAGCUAUUCACCCAGGGCUCGGCGGACUCGAACUACUCGCAGCCGAGCUCGGAUCUCUCGCUGGACGAGGAGAAGGAAAGCUUGAGACGCGAAAAGGAGAAGCAGGCCCUCAAUCAACUCGAAAAAGCCAGGACGAAGCCGGUAGCGUUUGCAGUGCGAACCAACGUGAGCUAUGACGGAUCCGUCGACGAUGAUUCACCCGUCCACGGCUCGGCCGUCAGCUUUGACGUUCGCGAUUUUCUUCACAUCAAGGAAAAGUACGACAACAACUGGUGGAUCGGCAGGCUCGUGAAAGAGAAUUGCGACGUGGGUUUCAUCCCGUCACCGGUGAAGCUGGAGGCUUUAAGGUUGCAGGCGAACGCCGCGCGUGGCUCGAAGGGUCUCUACUUGGCACGAGGGUCUUCAGGGAACCUUGAGAGUGGUAUGCCCUCACGUGGUUCCACACCACCUACGCCAGGUGACGACAGCGACAGCGUCGGGAACGUGCGACCCGGCAAGGCGACCCUGACGACACCACCUGCGAAGGAGAAGCGGAAGAACUUCUUCAAAAAGCCGUCCUACGAGACGACAGCUCCCUACGACGUGGUACCUUCCAUGAGGCCAGUGGUGUUGGUCGGGCCGUCGCUCAAGGGCUACCAGGUGACGGACAUGAUGCAGAAAGCGCUCUUCGAUUUUCUCAAACAUCGUUUCGAAGGCAGGAUUAUAAUCACGAGGGUAAUGGCGGAUAUUUCGUUAGCGAAGAGAUCGCUGCUGAACAAUCCAACGAAAAGAGCGCUCAUGGAUCAUCGGACCAACAAGAACAGUUGUUUAGCGGAAGUUCAGCAGGAGAUCGAGAGGAUUUUCGAGCUUGCCAGGACUCUUCAGUUAGUUGUUCUCGACUGCGACACCAUAAAUCACCCGUCGCAGCUGGCGAAGACCAGCCUGGCGCCCACGAUCGUCUACUUGAAAAUUUCCUCGCCGAAAGUCCUGCAAAGGCUGAUCAAGACCCGAGGAAAAUCGCAGAUACGUCACCUGAGUGUACAAAUGGUGGCCGCGGAGAAGCUGUCACAAUGUCCGCCGGAGAUGUUCGAUGUCAUCCUGGACGAGAAUCAGCUGGAGGAAGCAUGCGAACACGUAGCCGAGUACCUGGAAGCUUAUUGGAGAGCCACGCAUCCGCCAGACAUCUCCACGGUGCCACGUGCCGUGCCAGCACCUGAUGCACCUGUAGAUACGUUAACGCAACGCGUGCCAUCAGGUGCCCAUCACGAGAGUUACUACGGUCACGAGCCAAGAGGAUCCGGCUCGUACAGCGGUGGACACGUCAGCGGCGGGACGAGAAGAUCGCGGCUGGAGCGAAUGGAUCGCGAUCGGGGCGAUCGCGGGGAGCACGAUUACGGCACCGAGGAAGAGUACGGCGUCGACUACGGCAGUGCCUCGAGGCGUCGUCAGCAGCAGGACUCGCGUGCUCUUAACGCUAUUUAGGAGCUGGGGCCCCGGGGCCUGUCGCUACAGCGCUGUCCCCACCUGCGCACCACCGCCCUUUAGUGAGCUCACCUCCCGGUAACGCUGCCGAAUGUAGGAAGUGCGCAACGCUACCUCGCGAUAAGAUCGCUGCGCUCUGUUAGUGGGGCUGUUUCCUGUCGCGCUACUCGCUAAAAAAGUAACCAAGAGAGAGAGAGAGAAAAGCAGAAAUCCAGAAACCUCGGCUGAAUGCCACGCCAUUUCCGCGCGCUCUUGACCGAGCGAGCCUAGAAACACACCGUGUAUCAUAUCGAUUCUCUAUCCGAACGCACCUCGAUGACCUCGAAAAGAAAGAAACACCGUCGACAACCUAUCUCCGCGUACUCUCGUCCGACUGGGGAACCUCGCUGUCUGUUGUAAACCGCCGGUCGCCCGCAACGUGCACGCUAAUCCCGCAUUAUUAUGUUCCACGCGUUCUACGCUUUCACCUUCAUUCGCGCUGCUUGUAACCGCGACUGUGUAACACACGACACCUCAUCGCCCGAUCGUAGCUAAUUCAGUCGCGGCUCUGUAACCGUCGCAGUAUUUUCCGCCACGCUCGGAGCGUGCGUUCUUAUCUUCCGGGAGCUCCUGCGCCUGCAACACCGCUACAAUGUUUGCUGUUCACUAAUGUUCUUUUACAUCGCCGGGUGGUUCAAUAACGCCCACUGUCGAUUUCAUUGUAUGUGGCUGGCGCUUCGUCGACUGUCACGCUGGAUCCCAAUGCGAGAGCCUCAACAGGCCUAAAUUCUGCGGCCGUCUCGCGCGAUCCAAGACAGAAUCACAUCUCUUAAGAUCGGGUUUAAGCGGUGAUCGACCUGAUCUGUCACAACCGAGAAUUUUAACGUGACACUUCCCUUAUUAUUCUCGAUUAUCUACGAAUGUGAUUAUUAAUCAAUUCGUUCGCUGCUUAGAUCUUGGCUGGAUCUUCAAUGGCGUAGUAUAAGCUUGCAGCUUUUUGCUCUAAGUAGUAAAUCGUAAUGCAAUUUCUAGCGAAAAGCGUUUCCAGCUCUACCAAAAGUCGCGAUUCCUAAAACUUGUUACGUUAUUGCGAGUUUGGCAGCGCAGAGAGCGCCUUUUGUCAGAACUUACGUUUGAUCGCUCAGAGCAAAAGAUUAAACGCCUACUACCUCUAUCGUAAAUCCGGACUUACUGCUCACACCGUUUUUCUGUGUCCAACACGUUGCCAACCGCACGUGUUACACUUCAUUGGCUUUGAGACUUCGAUAAAUCAUUUCUAAUUAGAUAAAUGAGAGCGUCACUUUAGCAAACGGAUAACGAAGCUUCUACGGAAGCUCACGCUUAAUAUGAACGGCAUCGCCCUCGGCGUGUUAAUAAUGAAUCAGCGAAGGCUGUUCCACUGUUAAAAAACGACGAUGAAACAAACUGAAAGCUUUCCUUCCCUCUUCUGAUAUGCUGACGUUCAUCGACAGCGUGCACGUACGGCUACCAGGGUUAACACUCACUUCGAUAACCGAAAGCCGCUCAUUGUCGAACUACGCGUACAAAUACACAAGCAAGGUCGUCGUUAUUCCCGCGCGUAUCCGGACGAGUUCCGUCAGCGCAUCACCAAUCGCACACGUCACCUGUACCUGCGGAAACAUAUUUUCACGUCUUUACGCCGCGUCUCGCUUCGUCUCUCGAACGAACCCUGAUCAAUGUCGCCUGCCAUCCUGACGAUGUUAUCCGCGAUUGCGGACUUAUACUACUGGUUGAUCACACACCGCCGAAUAAUCCACUCGCACAAAAUAUCAUGGAAGUGUACACCGAUGUGACGUAAGCUACAUUUAAGAACUCUGGCUGUAUUAUGUCGACCACGUCGAAGCAUUCAUCAUAACGAUCGCCGUUAGCAGUGUCGACCGCGCGUUAUAAUGCUGACACCGUGUGAUUGUUAACCCCUGACGAGAUGAUGAUGAUAUAUCUCUGUAUCGCAUCCUCGUGAGAUCUCUCUCACGUCCACUUCGCGCCGAGGAAGAACAACGUUGUUGAAUAAUCCCUUGAAAAGAUAGGCACCCCGGCUCUAUCCAGUGCUCCUUCGUCGAGCGCGCUACUCAAAGUCGUUCGCACACUCAACCGAGGACCCUGCACACUUUUUUCACGCGAGGAUACCGUACUCGCUCUCGAAUCUUCUCGCACAGGUCUCGGGCACGACUGCGAAGGAAAUCCGUAACGCGAGAAAUGAUCGGGACGACUUCAACGCACGCGACGAGACGCCCCCUUCAUGUUGAAUUGACGAUUGGGAUUUCACUCUGGUUAUCAAUUGCGAUCGGUUAAUUAAUUGUUAAAUCGGUAAUCUUCAUGUAUACAUCUCGACACAUACACAGACUCUCGUGUCUCCGGUGGAUUCUACUUCUAGAUACGUAUUACUUGCCAAAUCCCAAAAUCAUUGCGAUGAGGAUGGACUUCUUCCAACGUUCACGCGCGAGUUUUCUAAGUAUAUCGAGUGAAAUCAUCGCGAAAACACACGUGUUAAUUAAGGAUUCGAGUAUAACGUAACGAUCGUUUAUUAAACGAUCUUCCUGACAGGAGCUUUGGUCGAGUCGAAACGAUCUUCCAGUGUCCUUGUCAUCGCAGUACACGCAGGACAAACCCCAUUUGCGGAACCAGCUCGACGACACUAGUAGACGCGCGAGAUAAUCGCGUGGAACGAAGAGACCAAGAUAGAAAGUGCACUCGAAAGAAAGUGAAGAGAGAGAGAGAGCCCUGGGGCCUUAAUUCCUGCACUGACUCCUCCCAGGCCCCAAAACCACAUCUUUAUGUGAGACAGCGAUCGGCGAUCGACGCGGAACCGAAUGUCUUCUCGCGAUUGGGAGAAAUCUACGAGAAACGAUUGAUUUCCACUCCAGAAUCGAAUUGUAGAAAACGAUAAAAUGACGAUAUUGAUCGCAGCCGGGGCGAACUAACGAUCGUCUGGAGAAGCGACCCGCGAUCGAUGUAACAGCUAAUUCCGCUCGUAAUUGAAACGAAAGUAGAGAAAAAAAGAGCUUCAACGGGUCUCCGAAGCUAAUCGCUAAGAUUUCAAUUCGAUCGUCGAUCGUGGCAGCAAACGUCGCCGCCGUAAUUUAACGAUCACCGCUGAGGAGCGAUCCACGAUCGACGCGGCUCCGCAACCUCUCGAAUUUGAUCGUAGAAACUGAAAUCCGCCGUCAAACGUGACGGCGCGAACGUAGCUGAAGCGACUUAACGAUCAAAGUAGUGAUAGUUACCAUCGAUCACGUAAUUAAAUUAGACGAAAUAACGUAAAGACGAGGUCUUCUGGGGGAAUUUUUCAUUUGCGAGACGAGACACGCUGACGAUAGCUCGAGAUCGGAAAAUGUUGGUGCGCUGAAAGUUGCUCCGUUGAAAGCUCCGUUAAAAGUUUUCGAUCGGGCGCGUCGACAAUCUGUCGCGCCGCCAAAGAUAUGUUUAUACAUUUUAUUAGAGUUAUGCAACAGUGUAUGUGUACGUACGUGUGUGUUUGUGUGUAUAUAAAUACACAUACGUUCACAUAUACGACACCGAAGAGAAGACACUUUGUGUAUAUAGUAUACAUAUAUACAUAUAAAUUGUACACAAACGGCAAGUGACUGUUCUACGAUAUCACUCGGCAAAUUUUCACCGAGAUAAGACAGGUUCAAAGAAAAUUACUAUUCAACGGAAAUGUGAAUGAAAAUUAUCUGUUUGGUCCGUGGGUAAUGAUAAACUCUCCAUUAUGAACAGAAUUUCCGAAUUGUCGCUGCAAAACAUUGGAAAAAUUAUAUUUGUACCAUAUAUUUUUCAUCUCACAUACAGCUCACUAUUAACUAAAUUUGCGCUGUUAAUUGCUGCAAUUAGAAAAUUGAAUUUUCUUAUAAGCACUCACAGGCGAGACAAUGUCAGAAAUUUAAAAUAUUGAUCGGCAACACAAACGACCCGCAUUUUUAUUCACAUUUCCCAUCCACGGCAUCAUGUAAAUACUGUAAGAAGCCUUUAACGAGUGCCGUUUUCAAGUUACUCAUCUGUGCGGCGUUGACACGCUGCAUAUAACAGGGGUUAUAACACUCAACUACUUGUAAUUAGAUACUUGUAAUUAGAUCUUCGAUUUGUUUUUAUGCUAAAAAUAUCAUGAAAGGUACGAAAGGCAUUUACAGUCACGCGAGACCCUCAGCACACGCGACAUGCUCAUCGCGAAUAUAGCUCGAUCCCGACGUGUAGGAGCUAUCCGACCGAUUAUGAUGAAAAAGAAAAAAAAUAGAAGAAGAAAAAGGAUCGAACGUGUGUCGGCCCGUUUUGUACAGGCACAUAAAUGAAGUAUUUCCCGCCUAGGAUGACGAUUAUCCCGCAUUUUGCUGGGGACAACACAAACGUAAUAUUCUGACGAAAAUAAAAGUUCUUAGGACGUUCUCGCGGCCAAGUUGUUCGAAAUAGAUCACAAUCAUCGGCAUGGAUCACAUCAUUUAGAAGAAAUUUAUCGAAAACUUUCCCUACGUGGCGGCUGCGUACAAAUGCCGCGUUUUUUAUUGGUCUAUGGUUUUAAAAAACUGCAUUUUUGAGUUUUUGCUCGGAGAGAUCAAAAAAAUCCGUGGAAAAAUUGAAAAAUCUGGAUUUUACCUAAUUUCUUUCAUUCAUUCACGGAAGGAAAUUGAAAAAAUCGCGGAAAAAUUGAAAAAAAAAUUGGAUUUUUUCCAAGCCUUUAAAACUAUAGCGAUGUCUGAUGUUAUGUUACGUCACUGUAAGAACUAGCAUAAACUAGGCGCGGGUAAUCUCGGUUUCGUUUUCUUUCAUACGUUUUUCGGGUAAAACCAUUGUUCCUUCGAGAGUCGAGUAACUGAGUAAUUGAGCCGUUCUUUUAGAGGAGGAAGAAAAUUGGUUGAAAGUACACGACCUCUUGAUCGUCGGGUCUUAGAAAAUUACUUGCGUAGACUUGUUUUAUUCUAAGCGUCGCAGAGUUCACAGAGCAUGAAUAGAUUUUUGCACAUUUCUGCGAUCGAUUCUCGAUGCGUUCGUGAAGAUUGUAAAUUAUCGGAUUGUGGUUUGAACUCAUAUAGGUCACUCGUUUGUUUGAUUGUUCGCUAUUUAAACGUUAGAUAGAUAUGUAUAGUUGGCAAAGAAAGGAAAAGAGAGAAAGAGGAAGGAAGUGUGUGGCGUUUGAAGAAAUGAUUUUUAUGGUUAAAUAGUGGUAUAAAGUUCAUCCUUAAUUGGUACCUACUUGCGAUGUGUAAUCUUUUUUUUUAUAAUUGUAUAAAUCGGUUCGAAAAGAACUCAAAGUAGAGAAGAAUAUAAUUGCGUUCCGGGAAUUUGGUUUCUCCUUCGAUCUUACUCAACUCAGUCACAUUCAGCUUUAUUUAAUUAAUUAGAACGAUUAAACGUUACUUGAUAAUAUGUUUAAUUAAGUUACUUAAUGUUAUUUAAUCGGUUAGUUAGUUUAUUUCUUACGUUAUUCGAUCGAGAUGUAUCUGCAAAUGAUAGUUCAAGAACGUUAGUUCACACGAGACGUUGAAUUUCACAGGAUCGCGCUUGAUGAAUCGGUACCGAUUAAGGACACACCUCUAGGAGGGAGCGUGUCGUGAAACACGAUUGAUUUGCGCACGUUACGAUCAUGCUGGUCUCUUUUAAUACUUGAAUCUUACAAUUAGAUAGAUACAUAUUUAUACACGAAUAUAUCUCUGCCUCUGAAGCAACUCGAAGCUUCGCAUAAAUUUCGUGCCGACGUAAAGCACUGCGUCAGUAUCGCUUGUCAGUGUCGAGGAUGUAAAUUUUGUCUUAGGCUGAAAUUUUGUAAAAAAAAAAAAAGAAGAGACACACAGGUAUAAA